AUGCCGUCCAAUAAAACAGAACACAAGCGCAAGCGCUCCUCGGACAAUGGCCGUCCAAGCAAAAAGCCUGCGCUGCACCAGCUGCCCGCGCUGGCCGCCAGCGUUGUUGAAGAUAAGAGCGAGCUGGCACCGGUAAUUGCCGACACACCCGGUCUCCAAAGCUCGAAAUCCCUCCGCUGGAACCCAUAUAUCAAAAGCCGCGGCAAUGUCUCCAAGUCUGCGGCGUCAACUCGGAACCCGGGCAUCGUCUCUUCAGAGAUGCUGCUGCAAUCCUCAGACCACGCUAAGAUGGACUUUGUCGGCCGUGAAGGCACAGGAGACGACACCGACUCGCAAGUGAAGCACUACGUCGCAGUCAUCGACCCAGAGCGCAAGACAUGGAAGGUCGUGGAGGUACGACGAGCGACACUGCGAGGAGCAGUGAGAAGCCGCAAGUCCGAGGAAGACUCAGACGAAGAGAUGCCCUUACCAACACCUUCGGAACCAAACAAUCCCGCAAGGCCGUGCAAUCCAUGGCCGAGAACGCCCAACUCUCCAACGCCCCCGCCGGCGCCGUCCCACAAGCCGGCGCAGCCCCUCAUCUCCUCGCUGCCCGCAAACACAGCCUCCGGCCUCGCCAAGGCCCUCGCCAUGCAAGCCGAAGUGCAAGCCGCGAAGCCCCUCCCAACCCCUAACCUCGCCGUCUCGCACCCCUCCGACGUCUACACAAUCGAGACCCUCGUCCCCGGAAGCCACUCAACCCUCAGCCAACUAAACGGCGUAGACGAGUGGAAGACACAAGUGGAAGCCGGUCUGGGCGUGACAACCGUCUCCCGGUAUGUCUCGAACCGCGUCGCCGCAGUCGUCAACUCAGACAACACAACCCACCUCCAAGUCCUCCGCUUCAUCCAGCUGCUCAUCGAGUUCGGACGCUCGCUCAAAAAUGCAGGCGCGAAUGCCAAGGGUGGUGGCCCCGGCAGCAAGCGUCUCCCUCCCCGUGAAGACCUCCGUCGCAUCCUAUCAAACACCACCGGAUCCUCUGUCACAAAGCCCAAGCCUGGCGCUGCGGCAGAGUCUGCUUCCACGGAUCUGCUCCCGGAGUCUGUGAUCGAUGCUGUUCGUCGUCGUUUCGCGCCUAGCGGUGGCUACGUCUCCAAAAAUGACUUCACCCUCUUGCACACUACUAUCUGUGCGCUCUCGCUGCAUAUCCCGCCCCAGCCGGCACGCGACGGUGGUUCCAGCUCGCUUGGUGGUAAUGCGCCCAAUGAGCUUGCUACGGAUCCUUCUGAUCUGCGUGAUGAUCUGCGUCUUGACCCCAAUACUAUUCACCAGUACUUCCGCGAGCUUGGUUGUCGUAUUGAUAAGCCUCGUGAGACGGAGUUUGCUAAGUGGAAUAUUAAGGGUGGACGUGCGGAGGCGCAUGCGCGUCGUGUUGCUCGCUUGCGUGUUCCCGUUGAGUUCCCUAAGGUUAGCCGUGGUGGUCGCAAGUAG